CAAUAUCAACCAACCAUCCUCAUACUCUUACCGAUACUAUAUAAACACCUGCAGCACUCCUCCCCACACCCGUCAGACCAUGAGCAAGACUUUUGACGUUAUCAGUGGCAUAGUUCUUUCAUGCGCCGCCGUCCACUGCUUCUCUCUCUACAUUAUCUGGAUUCCGCCUCUUGAUUUACCUCUCUUUGCGCUUAUUGUGAUCCUCAAUCUGUUGCAAUGCCUACCGACUCCUCCUACCCACUCCUAGAUAUCCCCGACAUUGAUCUAUGGACUUUUCUUUUUGAACGACCCGAGAAGGAGAGGGAGUUUCUUGAGGAUAAAAGUAUGCUACUUCCUCAUGGCGAACUUUGAUUGUUAGAAUAUACCCCACUAACGUUACACUCGCAAGUAAUCUACAACGACCCCGAUGCUAAACGCACAUACACCUAUGCCCAAGUGCGAAGCACGGCAAUUGAAUUCGGGAAAGGGUUGAGAUCCAAUUGGGAUUGGAAGAAAGGCGAUGUGCUAGGACUCUAUACUCCCAAUUGUAUCGAUACACCAGCUAUAACAUGGGGUACACUAUGGGCCGGCGGAAUCAUAUCCCCCGCAAAUCCCGGAUACACAGCAGAUGAACUGGCAUUUCAGCUGAAGGAUUCUGGAGCAAAAGCAUUGGUCACUCUGAAACCGUUCUUAAAUGCAGCCCGGGAGGCUUGCAAGAAGGCUGGUAUUGAUGAAGAUAGGAUUAUCCUCAUGGGCGAGGAGAAGGAUGAGACUUUCCGAUUCAAACAUUUCACUGCUAUCAAGAAUCUUGCGGGAACAUCGAGAUACAGGAAGGCUAAGAUAAUUCCAAAGAAGGAUUUGGCUUUUUUGGUGUACAGUUCGGGAACUACAGGGCAUCCAAAAGGUGUUAUGUUGUCACAUUCAAAUGUUGUGUCGAAUGUUUUGAUGGGAAAUGUUAGUGAAGGGAGUAAUCUGAGUUGGAAAGGUGGGAAAGACAAUAAAGGGGAUCAAAUCCUUGCCUUCCUUCCUUUUUUCCAUAUCUACGUAUGUACACACCCUUCCCCCCCCCCAUCUUCACAAACUAACACAAUUUUAGGGCCUCGUAUGUCUUGUACACCAAGCAUUAUUUUCAGGUUGGACACUUGUCAUCAUGCCUAAAUUCGACCUGGAAAAGUUUUGCUCACAUGUUCAAAAUCUGCAUAUAACAUUCGCCUACGUCGUGCCACCGGUCGUGUUACUCCUGGGGAAACACCCUAUAGUAUCAAAUUAUGAUCUUUCCUCAAUUCGGAUGAUGAACUCCGGCGCUGCCCCUUUAACACGAGAUAUCGUAGACGCCGUCUGGAAACGUCUCAAAAUCCCGGUGAAGCAAGGCUACGGACUCUCCGAAACCUCACCCACAACUCACACCCAACGAUGGGAAGACUGGCAAACCUCCAUCGGCUCAGUAGGCAAACUUCUACCAAAUCAAACAGCGAAAUACAUGUCUGCAGACGAAAAAGAAGUGCCCGCUGGUCAAACAGGAGAGCUGUGGAUCAAAGGACCUAAUGUAUUCCAGGGGUAUCUGAAUAACCCAACCGGAACAGCAAACGCACUCACUCCAGAUGGCUACUUUAAAACCGGAGACGUCGGUCAUCAGGACACCAAUGGAAAUUUCUGGAUCACCGAUAGAGUAAAGGAACUCAUUAAAUACAAAGGCUUCCAAGUUCCCCCUGCAGAACUGGAGGGGCUUCUUCUUUCCCAUCCGGACAUUGACGAUGUUGCAGUUAUCGGGGUGUAUAAUCCUGACCAGGCUACGGAGGUUCCUCGUGCAUUCAUCACGCCGAGAAAUGGUGUGGAAGGGACUCCUGCAAAAGGAAAGGAGAUUGUGGAGUGGAUGUCCGGCAAGGUCGCCAACCAUAAAAAGUUAAGAGGAGGCGUUGUCUUCAUAGAUGAGAUCCCAAAGAGCGCUAGUGGGAAGCUUUUGAGGCGAGUGUUGAGAGACAGAGUUAUAGAGGAGGAGGAGAGGGGAUUGAAGUCUAAGCUCUAGGCUCUAGAGUGGUUGGGUAGCAUUCUUUGGGUGUUUUUAAGUCGAUAUAGGUAGUUGGCAUUUUGCUCGUUUGAGAUGUACAGGCAGCAGGUUGUAUUUAUGGCGCGGUCUUCUGUUGGUUUUCUGGAAUGGUAAUGAUGCGGGAGAACAAUGAAUAGCGAUUACUUGGCGAUGAUUUUGUUAUGGAUCUUCCUUCUUUGGACAAUUGGAAAACUAAACAGUUCACGGAUUAUUUUUAAUGAGGGAUUACUUUCUGAGAAGUAUAGAAACCAAGCAAUACUUUCUGAUAGGUAAAGA